GCCUCCCCCACCCACCCCCGCCCCCUUCCUCUCCCUGCCGCUCUUGUCUUAGCCUCGCCUCCUGCCUCUGCUGCUGCUGCUAGUCUUCGCAGUGCCACUCCUUCCUCCCUUUGCUGCUGGCUGCGGCGCUGUCCUGCCGUGUCAUUUUUCUUCGUUUUUUUCCCUUCUUGUCCCCCUCCUCUUCUCCCCUUUUGACUAGUUAUUUCGAUUCCUGUGCGCCGCGUGGUGCUGCGAAUCAUUUACAUAGGGUUUUUCCGUAGGACUGAGGGUUAGGGUGCUCUGUAAGUGGCUCCUCCCAAUUUUUUGCCGCGGCUUUGGUUUCUGGUGUGGCUCUACGUGUGUGCUGCUUCUGGGUAGGGUCUGGGGUCAAUCGUUUUCGGUUGCUCCUUGGGUCUUGGACAUUCGUGCUCGUGAUUGCUCGAGUUUUUAUUUAUUUUUGUAUUUAUUUUUGUAUUUAUUUUUUUGCUUUGUUUUGUUUAUUUGAUUGUUUGUUUUUAGUUUAGUUUAGUUUGUUUGUUUUUGAUUUGUUGGAGUAUUUGUGUGUGACGUUAGGUUGCAGGAAAGUUAUAAUCGGUUGAUCGGGUUGUUUUGUGUGCUUUCUUGGCCUGUGUCGUUGUUUAUGUGAAGUCUCUUAUUUCACUACUCUGUUUUUGGAUGUUUUCUUGAUUCCCGUUUAUGCAUCGGGAGCGUCGCCCCUGCGACCUCUCUCUCCCCCCCUCUCGCUUGCUUAUGUACCAUUGAGCUUUUAAUUACAGUUCAAAUCAUACAGCGUGGAGUAGAUUGAGUUCUAUUUCAUUGUUAUUCGUCCUGUUGACGCUCGAAGUUUUCUUUGCUUCUUUAGGUCAAUAAGUUCUUAUUCAGACUGAUAGUUGUGAUUAGGAUCCAGCUUCUGUAGACUUGUUUCAGUUCCUUGCAUCCGUGUCUAGUAGUAUUAAAGACGGCGGGUCAGGUGGGAAACAAGGACAACAAAAUGUCAAAGAAGAAAAUGCCCCGGGCUGUCAUGACACUGAAGGAUUUCCAUGGCGGUUCGAUUCCUUCAGAUCUGCCCUUGCCAUCUGCCCCUGGAAUGACUGUCGACCGGAGCGCGUAUGAAAGGCAGGGCUCAGGCGCUUGGAGCAGCCCUUCUCUUGGAAGAGGUUACGGAGGCAAUGAUCGUGGUGUCGGACAUUUCAGGCAGGGUACAACCAAUGGAGUUAGGACAUUUGAAGAUAAGGCAUCCUUUUUCCCAAACCCAGCAAACAUUGGCCGGAAUUACGAGGAGGAUGAAAGGAAGCCAGUGGACGGUCGACCCCGCAGUGGUCACGCAGACCGUUACGAAGACCAUAGUUACGAGGAUCAGCGCCCUCAUUCUAGCUAUGAAAAACCGGUUGAUCGGUUCUCUGUGGAGGAGCAGGGGAGCUAUGCGCCGACGCGAUCAUUUGGUCGAGUUACUGAUACUGGCAACUACGGACAGGGAGACGGACAGGGUUACAGACAACAGUCAGCAUCCGCGUAUGUGACAGAGCAGGUUCCCCCUGUUAGUGGUAAUCAGUCGUCUUAUACGCAGGCAUCUCAACAAAAUCUGCUCCGCACUCGACCAGCAUCUCCACCCAGCAAUUGGAGGCAACAAUUACAGCAGCCACCUGCUGCAGGAAUAGCUGCCUCUCGAUCCACUGGUCCUAAUGUCUGGCCAGCUCGCCAAGAUGGGACUAGCACUCGCACCUCUGAAUCUAUGCACAAUGAGAACAGGAGUGCAGCUCCGUGGAGAGCGCAGACUACUCCGACAAGAUCAGACGUUGCUUCCAUAGAGAAGGCUCCUCAAGGUAGUUGGCAGUCCGAACCUGAUCGCUCGGCACCUGUUCAUGCAGCUGAGCUGAAUCCGAUUCGUGGAUCUGUCUUUUCUGACCAUGGCAGUAAGCGUCCAUCUGCAGAGCAAAGUGCAGUUGCUUUCGUUUCCGACAGCCGUGUAGAACAUGUUGCUCAAGGUACGUACCCUGAGAGCAACAGAGCAGGUCAUGAGAACCCUGGACGAGGGGCUUACUUGGAUAGCGGAAGUGGGGCCUAUUCGGACACUGGUAGACGUCCUUAUGGGGACGGGUAUGUAGAUGUGGGAGGGCGUGGUGCCUAUCAAGAGCAUAAUCGUGGAAGUUACAGUGAAGACCGCCGGAGAGUCAGCGAUGAGAGGUCUCUCGAGUUCGACGAACCUCUAAGAAGUGGGAACUCUGAGCGCAUCACAUUUUCAGAUUCUGGAAGGACUGUGUAUCCAGACACUGGUCGUUACAGUGGAGAGCUUAAUCGUGGUGUGGAUUAUCCGGAUAAUGGUCGUCGGGAUAUUCGCGAUCAACCGAGACCGGAAUACAUCGAAAGCAGCAGGGAGCGGGAGCCUGUGGAUAAUAACAGUGGUGGCUAUACUGAAGCUAGUCGGGGUAGCCAGGACAAUGUAGCGAGAGGUGCCUACAAUGAAAGAGGUCGAUCUGGUUACGGAAGUGCGAGAGGUAACUACGGGGACAAUCCUCGCAGUGCCUACAGUACCGAAGGCCCUCGAGAUUCACAUGGCCCAGUUAGUUUCCGCGGAAACUAUUCUGCGGAAGGUUCUGCACCUGGCCCUUACCUUCGAGAAAGUGGGUAUGGAGUGGAUAAUAGUGCCACUAUUUAUGGUGAAAGUCAGGAUAGAAGCAGAAGUCCUUUUGUUUCAAAUGGCUCACGGUCUCCUCCGCUUGUGGACGGAAAUAGAGGUGGGUACAGUUCAUCAGAUUCUGGUCCUGCAGAUGCCUCUCGAGGACCAGUCUCUGCUGCUCCUGUUGCAGAGAGGCGACGCCUAAAGCUACUGCCUCGCACUAAACCCCUGGAGUCUGCUGCUCCAGUUGGUACCGAAGGGGCAGUAACCGAGGAGAGCUCGAAGGAUCGUGUUCUCGAGGUGGAAGAAAAGAGGCCCGCUGAGGUUCUAACGCUGGAUGUUAUCAAGGGCGAAGGUCGCGAUGGAGGUGAUAGUAAUCUGGGAAACUCGCUUAGUAACGAAGAUCUCAGCCGACCAUCUGAACGUCCUAAGCUUAACUUAAAGCCUCGGUCCCAGCCAGCCGAGCCUGGGGUUGAUCUCGACGGCAACGUCAGGCAAACAGUUUUUGGUGGUGCUCGUCCUCGAGAGCUUGUUCUCAAAGAGCGUGGUGUCGAUAACCCCAUAGUUCAUGAUGCUGCUCCAACACCUGUCGCGGCUAUUCCCAGCAAGUCUGAGCGGCAAGAUGGUGGGCGGACGGAAGUUCCCAACAAUUGGGGUGAUGAAAAGCAAGAGUCAACUAGGCGCUAUGAACCUCGUGGUGCCCGCUCCAUGGAGAAGCAAAGCUCUGCUUUUCCAGAGAGGCAAGAUGGGAGCCGUGUCCCUGGUGACUCUAAGGAUUAUCGACGUGGAGAUAUUGACAAGCAUGACGUCAGAGACAGAUUUGAGAGUAAUCGGUCUUAUGAUCGUCAGGAGAGUCGAAACCGUGAUGGCCAAGACUCUCAACGUGAUAUCGACAAACAGGAUAGUUGGCGCCGGCCUGCAUCUCCUCCUGCACCUGCUCCAGCUCCUUCUGCAUUGCUCGAUUCUUCCAACCGCCAGAAUUCUGGCAGGCUCGGUUACACUGCUCCUGCCUCGGCUUUGGAGCUGGUGCAAGCUUUCUCUAGGUCCACAAGCUUAGGUUCUCCAAUCGUCGGGGGUAUGAAUCGCACAAAUAGUGGCAAUCAACGUGGUUCAGUCAGUUCAGGCAUUCGUCCUGGCCAGAAUUACGGGUCAUCUGGUUAUCACGCAGGACCCAUAAAUGGGAAUAUUGGAGGUUAUCAUGGCAAGGAUGCGCCAUUUUCUCGCCUUGCAGAAGCCCCGGCUCCAGUUUACACUGGUGGUCAAGGAAACGAUUACAACGGUUUUAACAGUGGCAGCAGAGGUUAUGGUACUGGAUCCAAUGAGUCAAACUGGGGCUCAUCUCAUGGACGUUCAGACGAUGACUUUCCAGGAAAGAGAGGUCUUCCUUUACGUCGCCCAUAUGAGUAGGCUUCAGAUUAUUCAAUACUCGUACGGAGUCUUUUCACUAUAUAGAUGGGAACCUGUAGCAAUCAUUCAGAAGAGCUUGUGCAUCUCACGGAACCAUUGUUUGUUUGUAGGCGAGAAACGCCGCAGUUAAUUGUAGAAGCUUGUUGUUUUUUUUAAGUUCAUCGUAGGCUGGUUGGGGGAUGCUAUGAUGACAUUUGCACUGUGUGUGCUCUUGAACUUGUUCUUGAGCAUGCUCUCCAAGUGUUUAAGUGGCCAAGUUCUGCCUCCUUUGUUUUUUUGGUAGAUCAUAGGUUACAGGCUGUCUGUUUGGCAUAGUACAUGAGUGGUGAUUGCAGAGGAGUAGCGAGAUAGUCCAUUUUAUUCACCAUCUCAAGUGCGUGGCCGUCUGCUUUUAGUUUCUAUGGCAAAUAGUCUAAUGGACCUUUUGUUAUGAAGAAGUGGCAUUUAGGCAGUUUUGUUAUGUCCGCUAAGAUUUUGAGCAUGUUUGUUUCACCUUGAAGUUAAUAGGCAUCCUUCUUUUGCUCUUUUGUUUAUUUACAUGGUCACAUUGGCCUGACUUUAGUGGAGAUACUGGCUUAGUCAUGUUCAUAUAUCUCAUUUCGAAAUUUAUGAGUAUGGCCGCGCUUUAAUUCAUUUA